UCCUCAACUUUUCCGUGAUUUAUAAAAGAGAAGAAAGAUCGUGGGUAAUAAUUGCUACCUAGAACUGAUCCCACUUCUCUUCCGCUUUCAUCAAAGACGCAAGCGCAUUGACAUUACGUUUCCCGUUCUAUGCCGAUGCGUUGAUCAGUUCUUUAGCAACGUUUAGAUCAAAUGGAUCAUCAAACAAAUAAUUUCCAUCGCAAUGACAUCAGACGUACCGUACAAGUGGCACGCUGUGUUUUAAACUUGAUUGGCAUAUGGCCACCGCGAAACGAUUCGUCGGCAUUCAAAACUAUCGGAAUAAAGAUGCUCAGAAUCCUGUGCCAGAUUUUACUGUAUUUCAUCUUUGUGCCGGGAAUGCUGAAAAUAUUUCUCAAGGAGACGAACACGCGUCGUCGUCUCAAAAUGAUCGGGCCUAUGUGCAACUGUCUGAUGACCUUGCUGAAGCAUGCAAUGCUAAUUUGUCAGAGCGACCGCAUCAAGGAGUGCAUCAGGCAUAUCGAAGAAGACUGGAGGAAGCUGACCUUAACGAAGGACCGCAAGAUCAUGACGGGCAAUUCCAGAAUAAGCCGCAACCUCGCGAUCUUCUGUGUAGCCUUCGUGUAUAGCAGCGGAUUUUCGUAUCGCGUUAUCAUGCCCUUGUCACGCGGGGUCAUUAUCACACCGCAAAACGUAACAAUAAGACCGACAAUGGGAUCCGAAGGUUAUUACGUGUUCGUAGAUCCGCAGAAAACACCUGCUUACGAAAUCAUCUCCACAAUUCAGUUUGUUUCCGGAUUCGUGCAAUACGCGGUAGUUAGUGGCACUUGCAGUCUGGCAGCUCUUCUGGUGCUGCAUGCCUGUGGUCAAUUGAAAAUUCUUAUCACCAGAAUGGAAGAUCUCACGCAGACCAAACACUUUAAUGACGACAACCGAAAAUUAGCGGCCGUUGUAAGACAACAUAUCAGAAUUAAGAGAUAUUUAAGCAAAGUAGAAGAAACUUUGCAAUACACCUGUCUGAUAGAAGUACUUGGAUGCACAUUAAUCUUGUGCCUUCUUGGAUAUUAUAUAAUAAUGGAGUGGGAAGAUAAAAAUACUGUGUCUAUGACGACAUACGCUAUACUUCUUUUAUCAUUCAGUUUUAAUAUUUUCAUAUUGUGCUUCAUCGGCGACCUUCUUACGGACCAAAGUAUAAAAAUGUAUAUUACUUCCUGCACUCUCGAGUGGUAUCGCAUCCCUCACAAAACUGCUCGCAGUCUCGUUUUGAUAAUCGCAGUGUCUAGUAAACCUGUUAAAAUCACCGCGGGAAAAUUUAUGGAUCUAUCUCUCAAUAGUUUUGGUGCCAUUAUGCGGACAUCAGUGGCAUAUCUAAAUGUAUUACGUACAACCAGCAUUUAAAUAGUAAAGUUAUUAAUUAAACAAAA